AUGAUUAUAUGUGGGGCCAAUAAAUCCCUGCCUUCUGCCCCUCGAUCUAAGGGAUGCCUUACUUGCCUCUCUCGCAAAACACGUUGUGAUGGCAGGCGACCAACAUGUCAGAGGUGUGAAGAACGAAAACAGAUUUGUCGGGGAUACCGCCGGCAGGAUUAUGUAUUCUUAAAUGAUGGCUGGCGAGCACCUGGUGUCUCAUCUUCAGUAACGGAAAAGAAAAGCCCAGGAAAAACAUCACGGAAACGCGAAACUUCAAUUCCAGAAGAUGAAGUCGAAAGAUUUACCACGUCUCCCGUUUUGAUUUUAUCGAGGACCCCUAGCCCAGAGCGUAGACAACUACACACUGUGUUUUUUCUCUCUGAAUUCGGAGCAGAUAUUCUUAACGGCCCCCACUUUAUCCUUGACCUCUUUUACCGUUACCUUUCAACCGAACCCUCCCUACAGUAUUUGGCAGCCAGCUGUAGACUUUCAAGUGAACCGGCCGUGUUCGCCGCUCAUGCUCUCGCAGGAGCUCGGUUUGGAAGGAUUCAUUCUGAUUCAGUGUCAACGCAAGAGAGCAUUCGCACAUACGGCGCAGCCCUACGUGCUAUGUCGGCUAAGUUAGAAGAACUGAAAUAUGCCGACUCCGGUUUCCAAGUUCCGACAGAAGAUAAUUGGCAACAUCUUGCAUUCUUCUGUAUUGUAAUGGCAUGUUGGGAACUUGAAAUGUUUCCGACUUCGCGGAAGUGGCAUGAACACAUUCGUGGCCUAGCUGCCGCCAUCCUUCUCCGGGGAAGCGAACACGCCUAUUCGGUAAAUAAUGAAAGGCUAGUAGCAAGCUCACGCCUCUUUGUUAUUUUACAAGUAUUAUCAUCCAGACAGCCGAGCUUCCUUUCUAGUCUUGUGUCGGAAGGAUGCUCACGGCCGCCUUCAAGCGCUGCGUUGAAGGUGGAAGUAACACGAUAUGGACCUGAAGUCCCGAACACAGUCUUAGAACAUGGGAUAUAUGAUCCGCUCGAUAUCCUAACAACGGAAGCGGCUUCCACGGUGGCUAUCAUCGCCCAAUACGAUCAAUUGCGUGCUAGCACAUCCAAAGUGCAUUCGUACGAUGACGGUAAAUUUGGUCGUAUAUUGAUAUCCUUGCGCGACAAGGCUGAUGCCAUAUUGAACCGCGUCGAGACACAACUUAUGUACUUGGAUAUGGCCACCUAUGAAACCCCGUUGAUAAUAUGGUUGUCGCGUCAUCGCAACGUGGGUGCCAAUUCAACAAGAGACUUCUGGCUGACAGUCAGUCUAGAUCUCCAAUCAGUUGUAGACACCGUCUUAUCGUUCCCCACGAUGAGAGAGCACCAUAUAGUAACCCUCUUCUGGACGACCGCCAUGUCACUUCGCCUACUUCUCAGCGACAUGCUAACUACGAUGCUCACCAUACCGCCAUUGCAUGACAUUUAUGAUCAAGUCCUCGGCGAAAUAGAGCAGCAUCGUAUCAAGCUUAUGGGUUAUGCGCAAAAGGUAAUUCAUACCAUUGGCUACGGCGCGCUGAAAGAAAAUAGGGCGGUCGCGCCAUUUUUCCUUGCGACCGCAUUCCAAAUGGCCAUCGUUACCCUCGAACGAGAAUGCGAAACCCUUCGGGCGUGUGGCAGAGACAAAGAUACAAUCUCUAGAUGCGAGCGUAUGAAGGAUCUCGCCGUACUUUACGUGGAGUGGGCCGCACAGAAUAAGAUUCCCAUCAAAAUGGACAUGAACGUCCCACGGUAG